AUGAAUGCUCAGCUGAAGGAGAUGUUGAUGCUGAAGUUUGUCUACGUGUCAGGUUGUGAGAUGCAGUGGGACGGAGUCAGCUGUUGGCCGACUGCUUCUGAAGGAGAAAUCGUCUCCGUCUACUGUCCUCGGCUGCUUGUCUCCACAGCUCUCAUCACCAGGAACUGUACGGUCGCAGGAUGGAGCCAACCAAGCCUGCCGUACUACAAAGCCUGUUACUAUGAAGCCUAUGAGCAAGAUGAAGACGUGGGGAAAGAGAAAAACUACUUUGAUACUCUGAGGCUGAUCUACAGCGUUGGAUACGGAGCGUCUCUGGCUGCUCUGCUCGUCGCUGUUCUGGUUUUCUGCUGUUUCAGGAAGCUGCUCUGCACACGCAACUACAUCCAUCUCAACCUGUUUGUGAGCUUCAUACUCAGAAGUCUUGCUGUGUUCAUCAAAGAUGCAGUGCUGUUUGCAGACAAAAGCAUGGACCACUGCACAGCGUCCACGCUCCAGUGCAAAGCGGCAGUGACCUUCUUCCACUUCUGUGUUUUAUCAAACUUCUCGUGGCUGCUGGUUGAAGGUUUGUACCUGCAGACUCUGCUGCUGCUCACCUUCAUCCAGACCAGGAGGCUCCUGUGGAUCUACGUCGUCCUCGGCUGGGGUUCUCCGUCACUGACUAUUGUGAUCUGGGCCCUGCUGAAGACACAGCUAGACGAUGAAGGGUGUUGGGACAACCUGGAGAGCCGCUUGUGGUGGAUAAUCAAGAUUCCCAUUCUGCUCUCCAUCUUCAUAAACCUCUUGAUCUUCCUCAACAUCAGCAGGAUCAUUGCUCAGAAGACGAAGGCCACGAAUACAAACCAAAGUGAGACACGAGUCUACAGGUCACUGGUUCGCUCCACGCUGCUCCUCAUCCCCCUCUUCGGCCUUCACUACGUGCUGUUUGCUGUGGUCCCAGAAAAUGUCGGCGUGAGGCCUCGACUCUACCUGGAGUUAGUUUUAGGCUCCUUCCAGGGUUUCAUCGUUGCCGUGUUGUACUGCUUUCUAAACGGGGAGGUCCAAAAAGAAAUCCAGAGGGCGAUGAGAAGGUGCUGGCCUGAGACAAAAACCAGCACCAUCAAUCCACCAACCCAAGAAGACGUUCCCUGA